AUGAUACCUCUGGAAAUCGUCGAGCACAUCCUGUCAUAUCUCGAAAACGCCGACUUCAACACUCUACGCGCUUGUGCGCUUACCUCUCGGCUCUUCGUUCACGGCUCUAGAAAACUUCUCUUCAGGACGUUUGAUCUCAGGGAUUGCGCUCGAUAUCGCCCAUCACACGGCUUCGACUCCAGCUGGCUGCGCAGUCGAUACAUCCAUCGAUUUAUCACACUCUUGAGGACAAGCCCUCAUCUGAUCCCAUACAUCCGUAACAUAAUUAUUGUGACCAUGCUUGGAGAUGCAGCUGGCUGGCUGGAGGAAUCAACCCUUCCGUCGAUACUGCUCGACCUCCUCUCUCAGGCUCAAAUCACCGUGUUCACCUUGGGCUGCGACGAUCCCAAUGCGGUCAAUUGGCAGACACUGCAUGGAUCGCUACAGCGAUCUAUCCGCGUUCUGCUUUCAAGACGAACGGUGGUGGACCUUCGCUUAUGGAACGUUGAUCAAAUUGCUCUUGACGUUGUCGCUCUCUUCAGCGGCCUCAGGCAGCUGACGGCCACGCAGCAGGAGCUCCCACGGGCAGACAAGACAGCGCUCGAACACCUAGAGAUUGCGCGGUGUGGCGCCCACCUAUCAGCGCUACUGCAAGAACGGCCACCUGCCACAGAUUGGGUCCCCUUCACCCUUUCAGGUCUUCGCUCCGUUACGCUUCGCCCGCUUGAUAUCAAUGACGAGCCGGGCGACACGGUCUACUACGAGGGCUACGAAGUGAUUCUGUGGAAUCUCAUCGGAAUCUGUGCAGCAGAUUCCCUGGAGAAGCUGGCAGUUGUGCAACACAAUACAGCGUCUCUUCUCGUCUUCAAUCAGUCGCAUAUUCAGCCAGAUAUCGUCGUGGAAGUCCUGAGCCUGAGCAGGCUGGAGAACCUCACCGACUUCAUCUGCACAGCACGCAUUCCAACUGAGUACCUCAAAAGCAUCCUAACCACAGACCCAGAGGGUGAAGAAGAGAAUGAACAGGAAUAUAGCGGCGGUGACGAAGAUUCCGACCACACGCCCUCCACCGACCCACUAAAGCGGCUAGAGGCCGUCACAUCCGCCUUGCGCCCAUGCACUGGGCUGUUGGAAACCGCACCUAAAUCCCUCCGAAGAAUACAAAUCAACCUCGAUUUCUACGGCUUUACCUGGCGCGAGAUGAAGGAGCCUUUGCAGCUUUUCAGCUACUGCGGGGUCGAGGAGGAGCAGAUCCCCCCUGACACCGAGUGCCCGUGGUCCUUGCUAGACGACGUCCUGGAAGAUCUUACAGGGACGCUCCCGAAUUUGGAGUACAUCCACCUCUUUGUUCGCGUUCCGGACAUUGAGCACUUCGCGGACGAGGAUACCGACGAGGAGAUGGAGCCACCGCCGCCCGAUUUUCAUCAUGCAGAGCUGGGAGAUGACAUGGAAGAGGUGAAGAGGAUAUUCGGGCAUUUGCAGGACCGCUUCGCACACUCUCGACAACUCUCCAACAGCCAGUUUCGGAUUGCAAUGAUAGAUGCGGACUUGGGGUCCUUGGGGAUAGGGGAUGCGGAGAUCAGUCACUAUGUAUCCGCAGACCUACAUGCUUACUUCUUGUAG